AUGACUAGCAGUGCUAAACCAGGACAUAAAGUAAUCAAUGAAGGAAAUCGACGAGAGGGACAUACAAGUGGUAUUGAAUACAAUGGAUGGACCAUCACUUCCAAGAAGACGUCCAUUUGCAAUUCCCAAGACCUUGAUCGGCUACAAAAAGAAAUUGGGAUACCACUUCCUGAAAUGAUUUUUGGAAACAACGAAGUCAGUAUUCGAAACAAAACAGGUUUUGAGUUGAAAUAUCGGGCAGAGGACGCUUUACAGCUAGUUGACAAAACUUCGGAGAGCAACAAACACAUCAAAGUAGCAUAUGCGAAGGAAUGGGGAAAGAAAAGGUUGAAUCAUGAAAAUAUUAAGGAUGUCAUCAAGCCUUAUGACUGGACAUAUACAACAUCUUAUCAAGGCACUUCAGGCAACCAAUUCGUCAAUACGGACAAAGACAUUGAUAUCGAACGACUCAAACGAUUAGAUCCGAUCUUAUAUUAUGAUGAAAAUAUACUAUUUGAAGACGAACUUGCUGAUAACGGUACAGCAACACUUACAACGCGAUUGCGCGUGAUGCCAACUUGCUUUUUCCUCUUGCUGCGAUUCUUCCUUCGAGUGGAUGAUGUACUUUUCCGCAUAAACGAUACACGGAUCUACCAUGAAUUCGGCACUGACUAUGUCAUACGCGAAUAUACAUCAAAGGAAGAUCACUACAACUCUGUCAGAGCGCAAUUGCCAAAGAAAGUGUCGGAAGAUAUAUCACUUUUGACUGAUCCCAACUGGGUGUCAACGGUGCUGCCGACAAAUACUCAAACGAUAGAAAAACAGAUGGCUAUUGUCAAAUAG